CGGAGUGAAAAUGCGAUGGCUGCGAAGAUGGACGAGAUGUUUAUCGCAUCUAUGUUGGACGUAGUGCAUAAGAGGCACAUCAGACACGGGCAUGGUAGAAGUUCAGUGAAGACUCACGGCGUGCUCAGGCCAAUGUGGUGCAUGACCGGCAACUUCCCUCUCUAUCGACGCAAAGCUAUGAGCAGCAGCGGCGGAAGCAGCCCCGGCGUGAGUGCCAAUCACGGUCAGCAGCAGCCUCCCCAGCUGCGCGUCCUGCAGCUAAACGACGGAGAGCACCGGCAGUCGGACGUCUUCCGCCUGCAGAAAGGAUGGACAUUGCAUUUUCAACUCGGGCCGUCGCUACUCGGUAAGAAGGUGCACGUCUUCACGAACCACCCCGCGAGCGCCAGCGCGGAAUUCGACCGCGGGGAGUACCGUGAGUUGGCAUGGCAACAGAAGAGCAGCACCAGCGGCGACGAUUCGGACGUGUUCGUCGAGGUCUUGUGCGGUUCGUCAGGAUGCUUCAACUACUUCUUUCUGUACGAGGGAGGUGGGUCGAUUCUGAAGCCGAACGGAUCAGGUUACUUUCUUAUUGAUCCUGUUCUGACUGUUGGUGCAAAAAAUGAGGAGAUAUCACUUGACUGUCUGCAGUGUCAGACUGUGCUGUCAAAGUGCCUGGGUCCCCUGGACGAGUGGGAGGGUCGUCUCAUGGUUACCAAGGAGACGGGCUACAGCGCAUUUCACUUUACUCCCGUACAAGAUCUGGGCAAGUCCAACUCUGCCUACUGCAUCAAGGAUCAGCUGUCCCUGAACCGAACCUUUCAGCCUGGGCAGCCAUCAACCUCGAUGAAAACUCUGGCCCCUCUCAUCAAAAAGAUCAGAGAUGAGUGGAAGAUGCUGUCCAUAUGCGACAUAGUGCUGAACCACUCAGCGAACGAGAGUCCGUGGCUGAAGGAGCACCCCGAGUGUGCGUACAACCUGGUGAACUCGCCUCACCUGCGACCCGCGUACAUCCUCGAUCGGGCGCUCUGGAACUUCAACAGCGAGGUGGCCGCCGGCAAGUGGGAGGAGCGCGGCCUGUCGUCGCACCUCACUACCGAAGAGGACCUUAGGAAAUUGCUGUCCAUCUUGCACGAUGAAAUCAUACCGAAAGGCAAGAUCGAAGAAUUUUUCAUACUCAAUGUUGAGACACUGGUAGAGGAAUUUCGGGACAAGGCGUUAGAUAUGGGACCAUGCGCCAAUCGCGUGCCGGAGGGAUCUAUCCUGAAGGUCGUGCAAGAUCCAGCCUUUCGCAGGCUGCAGUGCAGCGUUGACAUGAACAUGGCACUAAACAUGUACAACCAUCACACCGAGCAGGCCCUGGCUGAAGAAGACAGGGUGGUGAUGUGCUGCGCCAGCUUCCGCGGCCGCCUGCACGAGUUGAAUCACGAGGCGGAGUUUCUGUGCAGCUGCCACCUGAAGCAGGCGGAGGACUGCCUCAUUGCCGCGCAGCGCUACUACCGCCUGCAGGCCGACGGACCCAAGUGGAAGGCGGUCACCGAGAAGCAGCCGAUCUCGUCCCAGUAUUUCACGCACCCGGUGGCCGACACGUGCCUGGAGGACGAUGAGAAGCUGAUGGACUCGCCGCGCGCCGCGUGGGUGAUGGCGCACAACGGCUGGGUGAUGAACGACGACCCGCUGAAGAACUUUGCCGAGCUGCCGAGCAUCGUCUACCUGCGCAGGGAGCUGCUAGCGUGGGGCGACAGCGUGAAGCUGAAAUAUGGAAAACGUCCAGAAGACAACCCGAUCCUGUGGAAGCACAUGAAAACUUACGUGGAGGAGACUGCGAGGAUUUUCCAAGGCGUUCGGCUGGACAAUUGCCACAGCACACCCAUCCACGUCGGCGAGUAUCUGCUGGACGCCGCGCGUAAGAUCCAGCCGGAUCUCUACGUCGUCGCCGAGCUGUUCACGUCCAAUGAGAAGACGGACAACAUAUUUGUCAAUCGUCUUGGCAUCACGUCGCUGAUUCGAGAGGCGAUGCAGGCGUGGGACUCGCACGAGCUGGGCCGCAUCGUGCACAGGUAUGGUGGCGAGCCCGUCGGCACGUUCAUGCAGCCGCCGGCGCGCCCGCUCAUGCCCUGCAUCGCGCACGCCCUGCUCGUCGAUCAAACGCACGACAACAAGUGUCCCGUGCAGGUGCGAUCUGUGUAUGACCUGCUUCCUAAUGCUGCUCUCGUGUCCAUGGCCUGCUGUGCAAGCGGUAGCACCAGAGGAUACGACGAGCUUGUCUCCUACCAGCUUGACGUGGUCACGGAAGACAGGUUGUACAAGUCUUGGUCAGAUGCGCCCGCCUUAGAGAAGGGAUAUGUUGGCCUCCGAUCCGGAAUCAUCGCCGGCAAGAGGGCUUUAAACAAGCUUCAUCAUUACCUAGGAGAGCAGGGCUAUAACCAGGUGUACGUUGACCAGGUGGACAAGAACAUUGUUUCGGUGACGAGGCACUGUCCCAACACCCAUCAGUCCGUCAUCCUGGUGGCAAGGACCGCCUUCGAAAAUCCCCAGAACAUCCGUGAGACGGGAGAGAUCCCGCCGCUGUGUAUCCCAGGCGUCGUGGAUGAGAUCGUGCUGGAGGCGCGUCUCGUGCCGCGGCCGGGCAGCCCCGCGCGCGACGACCGCGCCUACAUCGCCGGCCUCGCCGACUAUGCGUGCGAGCUGAGCGAGCACGUCCCGCUCAAGGACAGCCACAUGGUAGAGCUGAGCCACGAGGGAGAGCACGGCCUGCAGGUCGUAGACUUCACCUGCUUCACCCCCGGCUCCGUCAUCGCGUUCAAGGUGUCGCUGAACAGCACCACCAGGGCGGCGGUGGUGCGGCUGCGCUCGUCGCUCGCGCAGUUUGGCUACCGGUUGCGCUCGUGCAGCGGCAGCCGGCUGCAGCCGAAGCCGACCGACUUCCACUCGAUCGCGCAGCGCAUGUCGCUCCCCGACCUCAACGUCGUGCUGUACCGCUGCGAUGCAGAGGAGCGUGACGACGCGCACGGCUUCGGCGUCUACAACGUGCCCGAGCAUGGAGAGCUCGUCUACUGCGGCCUACAAGGUUUCAUGUCUGCUCUGCAAGAUAUCCGCUCUAAGAACGAUCUAGGUCAUCCGCUCUGUGAGAAUCUACGCAACGGAGACUGGAUGCCUCAGUACCUGGCUGCACGCCUGCUCAAACAUCCUGGCACUAAAGAGCUGGGACUCUGGUUUGAGCAAGUAUUCAGCAGUCUGGCAGAGAUCCCGCGCUACUUGAUACCCUGCUACUUCGAUGCCAUCGUCAGCAGUGCGUACACGCUCAUCUUGGAAACCACAUGGAAUAACAUGUCUGAGUUCGUCAAGAACGGCUCGGCGUUCGUGAAGGCACUCGCUCUCGGAUCCGUGCAGAUGUGCGGUCAGACGAAGAACGCUCACCUGCCGACCCUAUCCCCGAAUCUGGAACCCCCGAGUCCCCCCGUUAUCAUCAACGAGGGAACAGGCAGGAAGGAGCAGGCCUGCUGUACACUGGCUGCAGGGUUGCCACACUUCAGCACCGGUAUCAUGCGCAGCUGGGGUAGAGACACGUUCAUCGCUCUGCCAGGUCUGCUGCUGCUCACAGGCCGUUACCAGGACGCCAGGCAGUUGAUCCUGGCAUACGGCGGCUGCAUGCGUCACGGGCUCAUACCCAACCUACUGGGAGGAGGCGCCCACGCGCGCUUCAACUGCCGCGACUCCGUCUGGUGGUGGAUGCAGUGCAUACAGGAUUACUGCAAGCUGGUUCCUGAGGGACAUCGUCUACUGAAGGACAAAGUGUCUCGUAUUUACCCGACUGACGACUCGCUGCCGGAGGAACCUGGAUUCUUCGAUCAGCCGCUGGAGGACGUCAUUCACGAAGCCCUGCAGCGACACUACCAGGGCGUCGAGUUCUCCGAGCGCAACGCCGGCAUGCAUCUCGACGAGCACAUGAGCUGGAAGGUACAGUGCAGUAUGGUAUGCGUUCUCCUGCAGGAUACGUACGGUGCGAGGCGCGUGUGGGCAGACUUCCAGCUGCGUUGUAACUUCCCGAUAGCGAUGGUUGUCGCGCCGGAGCUGUUCGACGUGGAGAACGCUUGGACGGCUCUCAACACGAUGGAGGAGGUCAUGCUAGGACCGCUCGGCAUGAAGACGCUCGAUCCGAGUGACUGGCUCUACCGCGGCAACUAUGACAACAGCAAUUAUUCUAACGAUGGCAGCGUGGCGAACGGGUUCAACUAUCACUGUGGCCCGGAGUGGGUUUGGCCGGUCGGAUAUUUCCUGCGUGCCAAACUGUACUUCGCAUCGCGCGUUGCUGAGCCGGGAGCACUGGACAACACCAUCUCUAAGGUGAAGUCUGUACUGUCGCACCACUACAAGGAGAUUCAGCGGUCGCCAUGGCGAGGCCUGCCCGAACUGACUAAUCAGGACGGAGCGUUCUGUCGCGACAGCUCGCCGACACAGGCGUGGAGCAUGUCGGCCAUCUUGGAGGUCAUGUACGACCUUCACAAUCUAAAGUAGAGGUCGUACUGGUUAGUAGUAGUAGUGGUGGUGGUGGCAUCAGCUGCCGUAGCGCUCCCCCGUGUAGAAUGAUUGUAGCUUUUUGAAUCUGAGUGUACAUAGUUUGUUCGUGUUCGCUGUGAUGGUACCAUAUAGGAUAGGUUGAAUAGGCGUGUGCGCGCGUGUGGGCGCGUUUGCGCGCGCGUAAGAGGGUAAGAGGAAUGCCUAUGAGUACGCUACGUGGUGGAUGGAGAUGUUUGUGUGCCAGAUUCUGUGGUCGGAUUGUUAUGUUAAAUCUGCAGGCAUGUGUGCUUACUGUUUGUGAAGUGUAGCCGUGACAGCGUUUUACUUCCAUGCGUAAAUAA